GAUAGAAAGGAUAUCGAUAUGUGCGAGAAGGAUAGCGAUACUGGAUUAAUACGUCUGGCGUAAUUUUGAUCGAGCGCGCCUUUUCGCGUCGAAAGCAACAUGGAAAAGCGACGAUGAGGACGGAGAAAUAAGAGAAAAGGAGAGUCGUCGAAACUCCGUGGCGCUAGGAACGAGAGUGACUGAGAGAGAAUCAGUGAGGUAGGGAGAGGGCGUUUAAAUACGAGGAGAAACGCGCGCGGCCGUUCAGUCCGGCGCCACGCUCCAAACCGUUCCGCAUACAUAUGCAUAUACUCGGACUCGAGCAAGAUAAAGAGAGAAAAAGAGAAGAGAAAGAGAAGAGAUCCAUCCUUUCGUAGGAUAACCUCGGAAGGAAGGGAGACAGGUGGAUGGGAAAAUUUUCUAUCUAACCCAAUGACAUUGUAAACAAAACAAAAAAAUUAAGUACAAACUUUUUAGUGUGUGUUUAUCAUGUGCUAGUGAGAAAAGAGGAUAGGCGAGCGAGCGAGCGAGUGAAGAAAACAAGAAUUACACAAAGAUUUGAGAAAGAAUCGAGACUGGGGCAGAGUAAUAACGUCAACAUGACAAACAGUAUGAAGCAAACCGUCAUUAAAAACCCAACAUGGUGGAAGAGACGAUCGGCUUUGGAACGUGGAUUAACGGUAAUCGCAGUGUCCGGUGUCCUCUUAUGCAUCGCCCUGGCCGUCGCGCUCGGUGUAUUGGCCGCGAAUGCAGCAUCUUGCGAGCAAUCGUCGAACGUUGCCGUUAAUUCAGAGCAACUACCGUCCACAGCGGAAGCUCUAAAAGUAAUCAAAGAUACCGCCGCCGCCACCACCAUCGAUCGUCAACCAUCGGAGAAAGAAAACAUAUGCUUCUCUCCAGGAUGCGUUCACACGGCGUCCAAAGUAUUGGAGAAUAUGGAUCCCGAUGUUGAGCCCUGCGACGACUUUUACAAGUUCGCCUGCGGUGGUUUUCUCAAGUCAACCAUCAUUCCGGACGACAAAACUAGCGUAAAUACAUUUAGCGUUAUCAGCGAUAAUCUUCAGCAACAACUUAGAACGAGUAUCGAGGAGAAGAGUCCGUCGAAUGAACCACGCCCGUUCACAUUGGCCAAGAUCUUUUAUAAAACUUGUAUGAAUAACAAGGCUAUCGAAGAGAAAGGUUUAGAACCGUUGCUUAAUAUUUUGCAAGUAUUAGGCGGUUGGCCUGUACUAGAAGGUGACACCUGGAAAGAAGAGAAUUUUAAUUGGAAGGACUCGGUAUAUAAAUUCCGAACAAAGGGUUAUUCUGUCGACUACUUCAUAGACUUUAGCAUUGGCGUUGACUUGAAGAACAGCACGAUACGUAUUAUCGACCUAGAUCAAGCGUCGCUCGGUUUGUCACGCGAGUACUUAUCCAAGGGCUUCACUGAUAAAAUCGUCCAAGCUUAUUACAGUUACAUGGUCGAUAUAGCUGUAAUUCUUGGAGCCGACAAGGGUAGAGCCAAAACGGAACUCAGAGAUUCUCUGGAUUUCGAAAUGAAACUCGCUAAUAUAUCGUUGCCAAAUGAAAAACGACGUAACGCCACGUUAUUAUACAAUCCAAUGACCAUAAAGGAAUUAUCAAAUAAAUUUCCGAGCAUACCAUGGAUGGAAUAUUUUAACACGCUAUUGGCACCGACCGUUCAGAUUGAGGAAAACGAGGUGGUGAUCGUCAGUGUGCCAAGCUAUAUAAAAAGUUUGGAACAACUUUUGAGUGAGACACCGAAAAGGGUACAAGCAAAUUAUGUCAUGUGGAGGGCGGCUGCCGCAUCGGUCAGCUAUCUUACGGAGGACAUCAGAAAGAGGCAGCUUCAAUAUUCGACGGCUUUAAGCGGUAAAACUGAGAGAGAGGCCAGAUGGAAGGAGUGCGUCGACAUAGUUUCCGCAAGUUUAUCCAUAAGCGUUGGCGCGAUGUAUGUUAGGAAAUAUUUCAAGGAGGACGCUAAGAAAAAUGCCCUUGAAAUGGUUGCCGACAUUAGGGAAGAAUUUACUAAAAUUUUGAAGAAGGUUGAUUGGAUGGACGAAGAAACUAAAGAGAGUGCACUAGACAAAGCGGCAUCGAUGUCCAGUCACAUUGCUUAUCCUGACGAAUUGUUGGACGACAAGAAGCUCGAGGAAUUUUACGAAAAACUCGAACUGACCGAAGGGAAUUAUCUCGAGAGUAUUUUAAACCUAACCCAUUUCGGAAUAGAAUAUUCUUUUAGCAGACUUAGAAAACCAGUUAACAAGAGUGACUGGAGAGCUCAUGGGAAACCAGCGAUCGUAAAUGCGUUUUAUUCGUCAAUAGAAAACAGUAUUCAAUUCCCAGCUGGAAUUCUUCAAGGAGCUUUCUUUAACAAUGAUCGGCCACGAUACAUGAAUUAUGGUGCUAUCGGAUUUGUCAUUGGUCACGAAAUUACGCACGGUUUCGACGAUCAGGGCAGACAAUUCGAUAAGGAAGGAAAUCUCGUCGAUUGGUGGGCGCCAGAGACCAAAGAAAAUUAUCUGGAAAGAGCAGAGUGCAUCGUUCAACAGUAUGGAAAUUAUACCGUCGAGGAAGUCGGUUUGAAAUUAAAUGGGAUUAAUACGCAAGGUGAGAAUAUCGCAGACAAUGGUGGCAUCAAGGAGGCCUACUUUGCAUACAAAGAAUGGGUUAAGCGAAAUCAUCCUGAACAGAAAUUACCAGGACUUUUCUAUACGCCCGAACAAAUGUUUUGGAUAAGCGCUGCCAAUACUUGGUGCAGCAAAUAUCGGCCCGAGACCAUGAAGCUUCGUAUCACGACGGGAUUCCAUAGUCCUGGCGAAUUUCGUGUUUUGGGUCCGUUCUCGAAUAUGGAUGAAUUUUCGAAAGACUUCAAUUGCCCGGUUGGUUCCAAGAUGAAUCCCGAAAAGAAAUGUUCUGUUUGGUAGACCGCGUCGAUCGACAAAUACCUUAUCUUAUUACCUUAGUCACAAUGAAUCCAACGACAAACGACGUGUUUUCGAUGUACAUGCGUAGUUAUCUAUGGUACAUCGUUGAUUUAGCAGACCUCCAAUAUGCGUCCUUAAAAGACGCGAAGGUCCGCUUUAAAGAUGCUUUAUACCAAUAACGACGAUGUUUCGUAAAGUUUUUUUUUUUUUUUUUUUUUUUUUUUAAUGUGGUUAAACGUCUAAACUUGAAAAUGAAUAUAUAAGAUUAUCUAUUGGUGUUUCUGGCAAUGGUCAAAUGAUUUCUAAUUGAUUAGAUUAUAAUCGAUUAGAAUUUUAUGUGUUUAUAGAUAAAUUUGGUGUUUCAAACGCUACAUUUGCCAACGACUAUUGCCUUUUUAUAUAUUAGAAAAAAAAAAAAAGAAAAAUGAAAAAAAAAGAAAAAAAAAAAGGAAAAAAAAAAGAAAAAAGAAAAAAAAAAAGAAAAGAAAAA